AUGGCGCCCAAGAGAAAGGGAACGCGCGUGUCACAAACGUCCAGUCCUGCACCAACACCAUCACGCUCAAACACGACUGUCGCCGUCGAGAUAGAACAGCGCCGACGACCGAAGCCAUCAGACGAAACGCCUACCACGAAACCUUCUGAGCAAGCAGCAGAAGCUGAAGAAGAAGAGGAGGAGUAUGACGAGGAAGCUGCCAAUGCUGCUUUAGUAGCAGAUCCAUGGACCGACGACGAGGAGAUUGGCCUGUUCAAGGGUCUCAUACGCUGGAAGCCUACGGGCAUGCACAAACACUUUCACCUGCUGUCUCUACAUCAACAUUUGCUGUCGAACGGCUACAUUCACCCCAAAGCACCGCACACACGAAUUCCUGGCAUCUGGGCCAAGCUACACGACCUCUACGAUCUAGAAGCGCUAGACGAACGCGAAGACGCAAACGCUGCUCCUUGGUCUACAUCCGAAGAUGAAGAUGAAGAAGAAGACGAGAAGGACGAACUAGGCGAUGACGAGGACGAGCCAGAACACACGCACGACACAGAGUUUGAACUCCCAGACGACGACUUUGGCAGCUUGGUCUGGCGCGCGCGUUUCCCAGAUUCAGAAGACGAGCAAAGUCGAGAGAGUUCACCGCCGUCACAUGAAGAAUUGGUUUCGCGACCAGACAGUCCGCCUGUGCGCUUUACACCCUCAUUUGAGAUUCCUCUGUCGGAGGCACAGCAGACACCCUCAGCGCGGACAUCCAAAUCGAAAGCGGCGGCAUCUACGAAGGCGAAGGGGAAACAAGCACCACCAAAUAUUAGGAGGUCAAGUCGUGUGGCCGAUAGUGUCGACCCCGAUGAUGAUAACGAUGAAGACGAGGAAGAGGGAAGGCAGUGA